AUGAUGCCGUUAGAAGGGACAAUCUGGGAUGUACGCCAGACGCUUAUGGUUAUGGGCCGCAUCUGGGAUGACGGGUACAACUGGUGCGUCAUUCAGGACCCAGAGGGCCAGAAGUUUCGGAUUGCCGUGAGGAUCAGCUCUGUGCACCAGAUCGAUUGGGAAACACCGGUUCUUGUCGUUCUGUAUCGUUCUUUCCUCGCGGCGUCCACAGGAGUCGGUCCCCGCUGGGUCAGCGCCCAGACGAGACUGGGGCAGGGUGCAAAAGUAAAUGCAACAGAAUUGGAAGGAAAACUCCUACUUAAGAUACUUGCUAUGAAUGCCAAACAUCUUCCUGCAGACUUCAGUCCUAUGAAGGGUGCUCUCGAGCAGGACUUCAAGGUUUCAUUUUUGCUCCCUGUCGGUCCCCUCACAUUCGAAGACCUGGGAAAGCUUAACGCAGACACUGGGUGUUUCGUGUGCGGCAAGAAAACCGCUAGUCUAUGCGCUCAGUGCUUUUCCGUUUCGUACUGCGGGCAGGAUUGCCAACGUGCACAUUGGCCAGAGCACAAAGGCAUGUGUCGCUCUGUCCGCGGCGGCACAUGGCGCACCGUUCCCUUCGUAAACAUAAUGCCUGGUCACGAGGGCCAUUCCAUGUACAUGUUGACGCGGCACAACUUCAAGGACAGCGAAGUCGCCUUGCGGAACCCAGACGAGACGCGCCCGCCGCCGAACAUUCACGGCACAAAAAUCUUCCUUGUAAAGCUGCAGAUUGUAAUACCCGCGCGCGAUUUUCACAUGGUCUAUGAUCGCCAGCGGUCGUUUGGCGAAGUGUACUUUCUCCGGACCAAAAGUCCGGAGGUAUUUUCGGAGAUGAUAAGUGAGACAGAGGGUCCGAGAGGUGGCUUUGGGGGUUACAAGAUGUAUCGCUUGGCGAAGCGUGUAAGUGAUUGGGAACUCAGUAUUUGUUUGUAUAGAGAGCCGCAGAGCGAGAUAAUGUGGUAG